GCUUGUUGUCUUCUUUAUUAGUACAAGCCUGAUGGUGCUCCGUGUCCAUGAUAGAAGUUGCUUGAUUGUCAUUUUGCCAUAUUGUGAGCAGAUGAAAGGGCAACCAGGUUCAGGAUACAUGGAUGGCUCUCUCCUGUUUGAUGAGAUCUUCUUGCUAUCGAAAUUGGUUUCACUCAAUCUCUCUUAUAAUUAUGAUUUGCUUCCUGAUGACAUAAAGUUUCAAAUGCUUGUGCAUAACUUAACAGAAUUGAGGUUUCUUAUCCUUGAUUCUGUGAAUAUGUCUCUGGUUCUGCCUUCUUCCUUGCUAAACUUGACUUCUUCCUUGGAGCAUUUGAGCCUUAGCUUUUGUAGUUUGCAAGGAAACUUUCCAAGCCAAGUUUUUCCGCUAACGAAAUUGGUUUCACUUGAUCUCUCUGUUAAUUAUGAUUUGCUUCUUGACAACAUAAAGUUUCAAAUGCUUGUGCAUAACUUAACAGAAUUAAGGUUUCUUAUCCUUGAUUCUGUGAAUAUGUCUCUGGUUGUGCCUUCUUCCUUGCUAAACUUGACUUCUUCCUUGGAGCAUUUGAGCCUUAGCUUUUGUAAUUUGCAAGGAAACUUUCCAAACCGAAGUAGUACCCUCGAGUAUUUGAAUCUUGCAAACACAAACUUCUCAGGAGAGUUGCCUCAUUCAAUCGGAAAUCUUAAACUCCUAAAGGAAUUGAAUCUUCAUAGUUGCCAAUUUUAUGGAUCAAUUCCUAGAUCUCUUGCAAAUCUUACAGAGAUAACUCAACUAGAUUUUUCUUCCAACCAUAUGCGAGGGCAAAUACCAGAUGUUUUUGGAAAAAUACACAAGCUAACUGAUUUGAGCUUAGAUGCAAACAAUUUUGGUGGUGAAAUUCUUGCAUCAAUCUUCAACCUCACCCAUCUUACUUUUUUGUCACUAUCAUCAAAUAAGCUAUUAGGUCGUGUAGCAUCUUGGUUGUUUUCUCUACCUUCUUUAUACUAUUUAGACCUCCAAAACAACCGCCUUACUAGACAUAUUGAUCAUAUUGAGAAGCCCAAUCUCAUUUUAGAAGUAGUUUGUUUGUCCAAUAAUGAGAUAAGUGGUUCCAUUCCUAGCUCCUUCUUUGAUCUUGUGCAUCUUAUUGUAGCCAACCUUUCUUCAAAUAACUUAACUGGCACCAUUACACCCGACAUGCUUUCAAAGUUUGUAGACCUUGAGGAUCUUGAUCUUUCCAAUAAUAGUUUGCUAUCUUUGAGCAAUAAUGGCACUGCUGUCAACUAUUCCUUUCUAAACCUUGGGUAUUUUAUAUUCUCUUCUUGCAACAUACACAAGUUCCCCAGUUUCUUAAGGAAGGCAGAGAAAUUGUACAAAUUGGAUAUUUCCAAGAACAAGAUUUCUGAUUUAUUUGGUUUUGGAAAUCUUGAAAUUGUUGACCUCGGAUCCAACUUACUACAAGGAUCACUUCCCAUUCUAUCAACAACUUGGGAUUCUAUGCAACAACUCCUCAUUUCAGGGAAUAAUUUGACUGGCGAAAUCCCUUCUUCUUAUUGUAAUUUUACUUCUCUUGAAGUUCUAGUCUUAGCUAAUAAUAGGUUGGGAGGAAAAAUUCCAGAAUGUCUUAGAAACUUGAGUGCUCUUAACAUCUUAGAUCUGCGGAUGAAUAAGUUCCAUGGUAUGAGAGAUAUAGCUCCAGAUGAUAAAGUCAAAUUGGAAUACAUUGAUUACUAUAUGGGAUGUUUAAGAGAUGGAAGUUGCCGUUAUAUUUAUAAGGAUUCCGUGAAGGUAGUAAUGAAAGGGUUAGUGGUGGAUCUUGUAAGGAUCUUGAAAAUUUUCACAACUAUGGAUUUCUCGAGCAAUCGAUUUCAUGGACAGAUUCUCGAAGAGCUGGGAGAACUCAAUUCACUUUUAUUGCUAAACUUAUCUCAUAAUAGUCUUAAUGGUCAAAUCCCAUCAUCAUUGGGGAAAUUAGCAAAACUGGAGUCAUUAGAUCUCUCAUCAAACAAGCUUGAAGGCAAGAUUCCAGAGCAAUUGACAAAGCUGACGUUCCUAUUUGUUUUGAAUCUUUCACACAAUGAAGGAUCACCCUGGAAAUGUGAUGCAAACUGCUUGUUCAUGGAGAUGUUAGUCAGUAGAGAUUGCCCAUGUCAAGUUCCUCUUACUAUUAACCAACAGAGUGACCAUUGCCUCUAUCUAGCUAGUCAUGCAUGGAUGCAUCUUGGAAAGGAAUUCUUGAGGUUUGACGCCACGAAUCGCACAACUUUGAGUGGGUUCCACCUAGUUGUGCAUUUCAUUUGGUAACCAAUGUCUUUUUGCCCACAUGAGACCGUCUGGUUGUACCUAACUAGAAAUUAAAAUUAUUGUAAUGCUAAAGCUACUUGUGACAACUAAUAGUUGUUUAUAAUCUAGUUUUUUGUGAGAACCAUAAUUAACAAAAACUAGCAUGAGAAACCUCUAAUGAAUGUGAUGGAAAAGGAUUCUUAUGAUUUAUAAACAUUUUAUUGGUUA